CAGACUUUGCUAUUAGGGAGCAUCUCCUGGUGGCACACUGCUCACGGCCCGAUAUGGAGCAAUCUCAGAUUUCCAUCCGCCCAAAUCGAGAAUAUACACGCCCGCGCCCCCGCUCACACCUCGCGAAGCUAACGCUCUUGGAUACUACUGGGGUUGGUGAUUUUUGGCCUGGCACGCGAGUUACAGUGCCAAAACAGCUUCAAUACCGUCCACUGUAUAUUCCGUAUCCCUUUUUUUCUAUCUUUUUAUUUCCCCUCUUCUCUCUCUCUCUCAUUCUAUUUUUUCUCUCCUUUUCUCUCUUCAUCGAACCACUUAUCAUCUUCUACUCCCUUCUCCCUCUUUUUUCUCUUUCUCUCUCUCUCUCUCUCCCUGUCCUUCUCUUUACUCACAACGAUCCGAUAGAAAGCACGUGCCUCCCUCAAAAGUCUUCUUUCAUUUAUUCCGAAACCGUCUUUCUCCAGUUAAGUCGCUAUACAGAAAUUUCGUGUGUUCAAAGUUUCAACACAUUGUUGUAUUCGACUUUUUUUUUACACUGUUUUGUGAUUUGUGAAUUUUGUUCUUCUAAUUUUCAAAGCAAUUAUAGUUUCUAAGAAAAUAAAAAAAAAAACAAUGUGAGGAGAAAAAAUGACUGUUUUUAUAAUGUGGUUUAAUUUUUUUAUUAGUGAAUUUUAUAAUAAAAGAAAGGUGAUAAGUGUAGAAAAAAGAAAUAAUUAUCUUUGUUUAUAAAUUGAAAAGUGAUAAUUUCCAUUUUACAUGGUGCCCGAAUCCACUUUUCCCAUUUCAGGGGGCAUUAUGCAGACUAAGGAAGUCGCGCCCCGUGCACAAUCAACGGGGCUAGAAGGCUCCCUAACGGACACACUGCCUUUUCAACAUCCACUGCAUCAUAAGAUUCCUGCUCUUGUACACAUGGCCGUAAAACAGGAACCACAAGAGGAGGAUGAAAGGGGACGGGAAACUAAUAUUUUAGGACCCCAAUUGGAGACACCACUCUCUGGUGAUGCUAGUCAUGUACACCAAGGCAAUCAGCAGGUGCACGAUGUCAGUGCAGGACAAUUGCCUCAGGACAAUUCCAACCGUGCCAGACCCAGCCGAGGUCGCAGAAAGUCAAGGUGGAAACUGAAAUUUCAUCAUCAAGCACUGCCCCCAGAGUAUUUGGAUCAUUAUGAAGCAGCAUUAGCUCAAGAGGCGUUAAACUCCUCACCGGCAUCAGUCUCCGAAACUUCCCCUAGUCCGGCUCCGACGACUUCGACGUCAACCCCGAGUCCCAUUUCUGAUGUUCAUGGAUGGCUUCAAAGAAUAGCUGCAAUGCAACAGGAGCUCUGCCCUCCGCUGCCCACGAGUCCACAGCCUAACAAUACCUUUGGGAGUGGUAGAAGAUCAGUGAUAACUUCCGCUCCCCAACCUUACUUAAAUCAGUCGCAACCUUCGCCGAGGCCUCCCAUGAAAUAUUCCGAUCUUCCCUACAUGGGCGAAAUUACUCUCGAUAACAGCAAACCCAGAAGAGGUAGGAAGCCCAAGAAGGCCGAUAUCUGUCAUCUUAUCUACAAAAACUACGGGACUAUUUUGCCCGGAACACCCGGACGCGAUGAAAUGAAGACCCCUCGAGAUAAACUGGACAAAGAGUCUCAUAUUCCAUUUCAGCGAACUGAUAUCCAGAAUAGGAUCAGUAGUCUCCUGGAGAAAAGGCUUACACAAGAGUCCCGCAGGAGUCUCGGUUUAGAUUCCCUGAAGGAACAGGACGAACCCCUCAAUCUUUGCAUUCGGGACCUGAAUCAAUUAAAAAUACGACUACUUAGGAAACAUGGUAAUGUCUACGAAUCCGGUCAGUUGAAAAGCGAGGCCUCGAGCGAUAACGAAGAUAUCGAGUGUCUCAAUGCUUCCUACGAUUCCAUUCAACAAGAAACGGUUAACAACAACAAUAUCAAUUUGACCAACAACAACAACAACCACGAUCCAACGAGUCCUAAUCCCGGAUUUGUCUACUGGCCCAACGCAGGUGUCUUCAUCCAUCCCAUGGCCCUUCAAUCUCAGUUCCUCUACUAUCAAAAAAUGGCCCAAAACGAAAAGAACCUACCCAAACCGGACACAUCGCCAAAGGAGCAGAAAAUUGUUCCUAAAUCUCUGUACUCAAUGUUGGAGAAUAAUAGUCUCAAUAGUCCUACUCCAGUACCUCCGGUACCUUCGCCAUCGACGCCAACGUUGACACCAACCUCAACCCCAUCGCCCGUCUCCCCUCGUCCUAAAAGAAACGCCCCAUUGGGAAAUCAGGGUCAGCCGACGAAGCGAAAAAGAUCCGCAAUCUUCAUUCCACCGAUGCCAACCGAGAACAACAAUAAUCCCACCACUGAAGUUAGUAUUUGCAAAUUUAAAUUCACCGGUGGUGCGAAACCGUCACUUCAGGAAAAGAAGAGUCUCUCGGUUGAUGCGGGGGGAAACUUUAGGUACUACAGUGGAACCGGUGACAAAAGUAUGAGGGGCUAUGAAUUCUUUCCAAGGGAGGCUCUCCAACAGCCGGCGGGACAGGCCGGAUCAUCGACGGGAGCUUUUUUAAACGCUGCUGCCGAGAGGAUCACAACCCCCACUUGUCCAAGGUCCCCGAUACAAGACGACGGUCGAAGAAAGAGAAAAACUAGAAAGUCAAUCCAACGGGAAAAACUCGAGCAGACAUUUAAGGAAAAGGGUUUUUUAAUACAAACCCAACAGUUAGAAUCGGCCGAGGGAGCGACCUAUUGUAAAUUUCGUCAAUUGAGGAAAUUCACGAGGUAUCUUUUCAGAAGUUGGAAAGACUAUCUUCCGGGUAAUGUGCGCGAAUUAACUGGCGGACCCGAAGAUAUUCACGACGCUGAUGAAAGUGAUCCGGCAUCGACCAGUUCACCGAGUCCUCAUCCAAGUCUAGUGGAUAUUCCAUCGGGUCUCCUUGAGGAACCGAGAACCCUCAGUUCUUAAGACUGUAAUUUUUUUCCCCCCAAAAUUAAGACAAACUUAUCAAGAUGUAAGUUUAGAAUCGACUAGAAAAAGUUUAGCGGAUUUUUUUUGAGGUGGAUACACGGAUUCACUGGAUCAAUUGAGGGGACAGAUGCGCUAGGAUUGAUCUCCCUACAAUUACAAUAACGCACAAGUUUUCUCAAUAUUAUUUUCCUUAAUCCCUUGGCCCCGAGUAAUCAGUUUCAAGCCAAUCUAUAUAAUAUUUUAUUUUGUCGUCCGCCAUAUUGAUAACGUGAAGUUAAUAACUUUUUGAAACAUAAUUCACGAUAUCUCCAUUUUUUUGUAAAUGGAAUUUUUUGCUACUUCAUAACUAAAUAAAUUUUGAGUCAACGAAACCGUUUAGCUUAACAAUAUUUCAAAAUUUCCACUAGUUCGUAUUAUUUUUUAAUGUUAAAUACAACAUGUUAGGUUUUUGUUUUUUAUGUCUUCUGAAGAAAAAAGUAAUGCGAUAAAGUUUUAUCAAGGAAGAAUUUUAAGCGACAGAGUUGUUCCUUAUAGAAUAGUGAAGUUUUUCCUACAAUUUCAGAUCGAUCGGUUAAAAACUGUAAAAAUUAUAAAUAUUUAUACGCUUCGUCCGUUAUGGCAUCUGUUCCCUCAAUUUAGAAAUUUACUACUGCAAAAAAAUAAUCGAUUGUUAAAAAGUUAGAAAUGGUGAAACCGCUUACAGAUUAUUUGGAAAACGUCAAAAUCUGGUAAAUUGGUGAUUCUUGCAGUAAGUGAGUGUGUCUCCUUUUCUUUCUUUGACGGGGUAACUUUAAUAUUUCAUUCAGACUGCCAUGCUUAACUUAUUUCUUAUCUUCUUCUUUUUACUCUUUCAGGCACAUUGCGUUGCCCUUUUUCUCCCUUGGACUCUGAUCUCAUUUUCUUCUUUUUCGACUUCUUUAGCUUGACGUCCUUCGCUUUAAUCCCCAUCGACCAUCUCAUAUAUUUCUUGCAUGCAUCACUUCUACUUUUUCUGUUCCUGCCGAGUCCUAUAACUCCGCCCUGAAACAUUAAUAUACUUUCCGAUCCAAGGCGAGUCUUAAAUCUUGUACUUUUUCACUCUUUUACAUAAGUGACUACCAUUGCUCGUUAUUUUAGCUGCAAAAAUUUCACGAAUUUUAUUGAUUUAAAUGGAUUUCAGUGAAAUUCCAUACAAUCAAGUAACGACCGGAAGUCGUACUAUUAGUCCGCAAUUUUUAUUUGUAAAAGUUAAUAAAAAAAAAAAUAUUAAAUUAAUUUAAUGAAAGUUUGUAAUCGAAUUUAAAGUUGUAUAAUGUCUCGACUGAUUGAGUUAUCAGUCGCGAAUGAUCAUUGUUCAAUGAAUGAGUGCGAGUGAGUUCCGCGAAUGGAUUGUAUGAUCCGUGUUAAGCGCUUGACGACUCGUGUUCAGCUUUAUUUGUGUUAGGAAGAGUGUUGUACGAGAGAAAAUUGCUCAAUCCAUACUAUAUUCUCUGCUAGUUUCUGUUAAAUCUAUCUUGCCGUAUGUCAAUUAAGUAGUCAGUGAUUUUUCCAUGUUUCUAUUUAAUUUGUAAAUUUAUAGCCUCAAAUAUUUUACAAAAUAUCCAAUUAGAAAGGAAAAGCAAAUGACAUUCUAAUAAUCAUAAUAUUCGCUAUUAGGUGAACAAAUAAUUGUUCGAAAAAUUAUUCAUCAUCUAGUUUGAAAAUCUUUGGUUCCUUCCACGGUUUCCUCUUCAUCCUCCCCUAACAGAAUGAUAUUCUAAUAAUCGUAAUAUUUGCCAUUAGGUGAACAAAUAAUUGUUCGAAAAAUUAUUCAUCAUCUAGUUUGAAAAUCUUUUUUUUCUUCCACGGUCCCUUCUUCAUCCUUUCCUAACAGAACCUGUAAAAUAAUGUCCCAUUAGUAAAUAAUUACAAAAUUGUCUAGAAAAACAAUCCAUCAAUUACUUUUUACAAAUUAUUUAUUAAAAAUGGUUAAAUAAAAUUUUCCACGAUUUAUUGCAAAAAAAAACAGUAAUAUAUGUGUGAUGAAAGAAUACUAUUAAAAUACACGAGAAGUUAACGAAAGAGAAAAUGUUUCUAUUCGCAGAGAAAAUAUAGGUGAGCAUUUUUUUUACCCACUCGAAAGAUAAUAAUUGAAUUAUUGAAUAACUUGCGAGAUGCCUAUUGUCAUAAACAUUCGCGAAAAUGGUAUGGUGCUUCUAAUUUGGUUUUAGUGCAUUUAAAACUACAAUAUUAUAUACAAGGAACGCCUUAUAUUCACGAAGAGAGAAAACAAAGAAUUAAAAAAGUGAGUGUGAGAAAAAUCCGCAACCUUGGUUUCAUUGAUUAAAUAAUGAUCCUGUAAAUUUGAAUACACAGCUUUGUGCCAAAGAUGGGAGACUGGAAUGUAAAUAGAUGUAAUAUGAAGCGCAAGAAUGUGUUCACCAAAGAGUGGUCGUGACAGUCGGUCGAAUUGAUCCAGCACCCACAUUUAAAAUGAAAACACAAAUUUAAAUUGUUAAUUCUUGUCUCACUUCUCUUAAAACACUGAGAAAUAAUAAAAAAUUAAAAAUAAUUAACAAGAAUUUAUAAAUAGUCAGACAAAUGAAAAUUGUAAAUAAAAAAAAUUAAUUUAAUAAAAUUUGUUUUUUUGCUACAUACUUUGUACUCGAAUUUGUGCGAGAUUGGAGAAAAAUUGAACGAAUUAAAAUUUAACGUAUAGGACCGAUGGCAUUUGGUAUUUGAAAGAAAGCGAGGGAUCUGUGCAUUUGUAAAUGAAAGAGUGAUAAUUAAAAAUGUCGUUGUUAUCAUAUUUUUGUAAACUAUAUAUAUAUAUUAUAUAUUUUAUUGUUAAUAACGGAAUCUAACGAAGUCUAGUCUUAUUUAUACUCUCAUUACAUCGGAGAUUUUAGUUAAAAAGAAUGGCGGUUUUAAAUAUUCAGAGCUUCAUCAACUUUUUUAAAGGUUUAAAAUCAGCAAUGUACAAAAUGUGCCAUUUUAUGCUUGAAAAUUACUAAAAUAAAUAAAUAAAUAAAUAAAAUGCUAAGCAGGAAAACCGUCCAAACAAGACUCGUAUUUUUCACGCUACACUAUAUACAAAAACAUAAAUACACACUUACACGUUUUAUGUUACAAAUCGUCUCACACGAAUGCUCAUUGUACAGAGAGAUCAUUCUUUAUAUAGCUUUUAAUGAAGAUGUAUUGUUAUAUAUUAAAUAUAUGGAAUAUUGAACAA